AUGAAGAUAUUUAGCUGGAAUAUAAGAGGUAUUAAUGAUUGUGGUCGUCAGAGAGUAGUUCGGAGUUGGUUACAAAGUUUGGGAUCUUCGGUUGGUGCAUUGUUGGAGACUCAUGUACAGGAGGAAAAAUUUCUCAGGGUCUCGGGAGCAGUUGCUCCAGGGUGGAGGGUUGAUAAUAAUUACUCAGAAGCAGCAGGAGGCAGGAUUUGGUUGCUGUGGAGUUCGAAUCUUUCAGUAGUAGUGUAUCUGAAAACGGAUCAAUUCAUUCUAUGCGAAGUAAUGGAUCCGGCUUCGGGUACUAGUUGUACAGUUGCGUUUGUUUAUGCCCGGAAUACGGAAGCGGAGAGGAUGAGUUUGUGGAGGGAUCUGGUGGCUAUAUCUAGAAAUUCGUUGAUCGCAGCCUCUCCGCUAGUGGUUAUGGGGGACUUCAAUCAAAUCUUAACAGCAGCGGAACACUUCUCUAUUCAACCGUAUGAUUUGCCAGGGCACUUUUUCUCUUGGUCUGAUAAGAGAGUGGAGGAUCCGAUUCUCAGGAAGCUGGAUAGGGUGCUCUGUAAUGAAAAAUGGAGAGAUUGUCACCCAGAAGCAGUGAGUGUGUUUGAGGCUCCCGGUGAUUCAGAUCAUACUCAUGUAGUCAUUACGUUUUCUUCUCAGCCUCAGUUCAGAAAGUGCAGUUUCAAGUACUUCUCGUUUAUUUCGUCUCACCCCAGUUUCAUCUCUGAGAUGGUAAGGACAUGGGAGGAAAGCAUUCCAGUAGGAUCGAAGAUGUUCUCUCUAGGGCAGAGAUUAAAGAAAGCUAAACUUACUUGCAGAAGACUGAAUCGGGAAGGCUUCGGGAAUAUUCAGAAAAAAUCAAAAGAUGCUCUCAGUGAGUUGAAGCAGAUUCAAGAGCAGUUAUUGUCCUCGCCCUCUGAUAGUUUGUUUCGACAGAAGUUUGUCGCUAGGAAGAAGUGGAAGUUUUUUGAGUCAGCUCAGGAGAUUUUCUUCAGCAGGAAGGCUAGAAUUCGUUGGUUAGAUUGUGGAGAUGCAAAUACUACGUUCUUCUACAAAGCGGUGGUGGCUCAUCAGAUCAGGAAUUGUAUCAGUUACCUGAUGGACGGGGGAUGUAAUAGGAUCUUCAAUCUCUCUCAGAUUCAGGAAAUGGUCGUGGCUUAUUUUAAGAACCUGCUAGGGUCAGAGGACGCUUCGCUUGAGGUGAUAACCGUUCAAGAGCUGAGAGAUCUUCUAUCUUAUCGGUGUCCUCCUGAAGUGGCUACUCAGCUCACCCGGAUUCCGUCUGAGUAG